AUGUUUGCUACUUCUAAGAAUAAUCGUAAAGGAUUAAGAGCAACACCCCAUAUGGUUAAUGCAUUAGAUCAUCAAAUUCCUUUUAUUAAAUUAUGUCAAACAGAAUAUAGAUAUCAUGAAAAAACCAAACAGUUUAUUUAUACAUUACAAAAUUAUUUUAGUUCUUUAGAAGUUAAGUAUUAUGAAACAUUAAGAUUAGAGAAUGGAGAUAAUGAAUGUGUUGAACUCAAUGACGAAUAUAAAAUUCCACAAGAAGGAAUUAUAGAUGUCAUUGGUUGGAUUGAUAAUAAUAGAAAGAAUAGUCAAGUUUUCUUUAUUAAAAGUGAAUGUAAGUCUCUUAUAAUUCAAUAUCAGUCGUUUUCAACAAAUAUUAUUUAUAACCAUGUUACAAGAGUCUCUGAUUUAGUUCAAUUUUAUUUUCAAUUACUUGUUCAUAUAGGUGUUAUUAAAGAUAUUAUUACAUCACGUAAUUGGAUGCAAUAUGGACUUAAACUUAUUGAUCAAAAGAAAAGAGUAAAAAUUCUUCGUGGAAGUAGUUUAAUUUGGGGAAUGUUAAAUGAGAAAACAAUUCUUAAAUUUGAAAGAAUUAUGAAAUUCACAGACUAUAAUAUAGAAAGUCAUUCAAGCUCAGAAAUUGUUGAUGAAAUAGAAGUAGAUUAUAUUCUAAAGAGUUCAAAUGAAAAUUAUGGAGUGUUAUGUUGUGUAAUGAUUCAAAAUACACAAACAUUUGAAACAAUGAUUGAUAGAAACUGGACUUGUAUUGAAUUAAAAUCAUUCAUUUUUAAAUUAGGAGAAAUUAAUGAUCAAAGUUUAAAAUUAUACAAAAGAAAAGGAUUAUAUCAAUUAACUGAAAUGAAAGAAUGUGACAAAGUGAGUGAAUAUAUUGAAACAGAUAAUAUUCUUUGUAUAGAUAUUACUCAACCAUCAAAAGAUGUUUUUCUUAUGUCUGGAAGAAUUUCAUUUAAUGAAAUAUCAUUUAAAUCAUUGAUUCAAGUAAAUGUUUAUUUGUUAAAUGAAACACCUAAAUAUGUUAGUUGUCCAGUAGUUAAUACAUUUAAUAUUUCACUUACUUCAACGUUAACAAUUAAAGACAUAAUAACAGAAUUAUGUCCAGAUCAAGAUUGUUGUGUAUUUAUUCAUAUUAAUGGGAAUAUUAGUUAUCUAACAAUUUAUGACACUGUCUUAGUUGAAAGUGAAAUUACUAAAAUAGGUAUUAUUAAAACUAAGAAUUUCCCUUUUCUCCUCUCUAGACUUAAACAUCCUAAAACAUAUAAAGUAAUUACAUCACUUCUUCCUAAUGAACAAAUAUUAUAUAUUGAACAUAAUCUCUUUAUCACGAAUUAUCAAACAUUAAUUUGGAAUAAUAACUCAUUUAUUAAAAUUCCUCAUUGUUCUGUUUGUAAUUGUGUUAUAUGUACAAUUAAUGAAAAUUUAGAUGUUUUUUCUUUCUUAUUAAAAGACUUUAGAUUAAUAAUUUAUGAAGUAAGUCCUAUAUUAACUCCAAGAUUACUUCAUAUUUAUUCAGAAAAUAAAUUAUUAUUCCCAAGAGAUAAAAAAGAAAUAUUUGUUUUUAGAACUCCUGAGGUUAUUGUUAGUAAACAUUUUUCAUCAUCCUAUGAUAUAUUAAAUGAUUUUAAAAGAAUGGGAGUAAUUGGUAAUCCAAAUUUUAUGGUUGUAGUUAAUCUUUCUAAAACACAAAAUAGAAAUAACUUAUAUUUAAGUUUUAAAUGUGAGACAUAUCCUUCUAAAAUUAUUCUUCCUAAUGGAAAAUAUGACUUAAAUUCACUUGUUAAUUAUAGAGCCAAAGGAAGAUUUCCAGUGAUAUCAUGGGUAGGUCCAAUGAAUCAAUGUCUUUCUAGAAGUGCUCAACCUCUUCCAGGAACUUUUGGACAAAUCAAGUGUGAAUCUGAUGUAUCUAUUCUUCAAUCUAUGAUGGAAUUAUGUGGAAAGAAAACAUUCUUUGUAUAUGAUGCAAGACCAAAAUUAAAUACAAAAGCAACAAGAUUCCAAGGAGGUGGAAUGGAAAGUCAGUCAACAUAUCCUUUUUGUACUUUUGAAAAUUUAGCAUUAGAUAGUAUUAAAGAUAUUAAACAAGCAUUUUAUAAAAUGAUUAAAACAAUUGUCUUUGAGCGAAGAGAUGUUUAUGAUUUUAAAACUUCAAUUGAAAAUUCUAAAUGGCUUCAAUCUAUUGAUCAAUUAAUAACAUAUGCUUCAGUUAUUGCAGGUAAAUUAAAUUCAGGAUAUUCUUUAUUGAUUCAUUGUAGAAAUGGAUGGGAUAGUACAUGUCAAUUAACAUCAUUAGUUAUGAUGAUGGUUGAUUCAUAUUAUAGAACAAUAGAAGGUUUUCUUGUGUUAAUACAAAGAGAAUGGGUAGAAAUGGGACAUAGAUUUCCUUUAAGAACAGGAUGUGGAGUGAAAUGGGAUAUAGAUGUAUUACCAUUUUUAACAACAUACUAUGGAACAUUUAAAAAAGUAAAUCAAAAUGGAUAUCGUAGUAAUUUAGAAACAAUAAGUGAUAAAGCAACAUCUCCAAUAUUCUUUCAAUUUUUAGAGGCUGUUCAUCAUUUAAGGAAAAACGCUUCAACAAUGUUCCAAUUUAAUGAAGAAUUUUUAAUAUUCAUUGCUGACAGUUUAUAUGAUGGUCGUUUUACUACAUUUUUUGAAAACACAAUUAAAACAGAAGAUAUAAAUCCAAGAAAUAAUUUAUAUGAAUAUGUUUUAGAACAUAUGACUGAUUUUAUUAAUUCAAAUUAUAAAGAAAGUUCAAUGACAUUCUUUCCAAUAUUUGAUAUGAGUGAAUUUAGUGUGUGGAAUGAAUAUUAUUUUAGGAAUGCCUCAAAUAUUCUUAGAGUACCUCAAACAUCCAAAUAA